AUGGAGGGCCAUGCCUACAAGGGCACCAAGAUGAUCCUAUUCGGCGGCGUCAACGGAACAGGACCAUCUGUCGGGAGUAUCUCCAUCCUGGAUGUCGCGUCGAUGAAAUGGACCAGCGGCAACGAUGCACCAGCUCCAGAAGCGAGAGCAGAAAUGGCGUGCUCCGUGGCAGGAGACAAUUUUGUCGCAUGGGGUGGUUACAAAGCUCAGAACGCGACCGUUUGGGUUGCAGUGUCUACAGCACCUCUGGUCUACAACCUCAAAACAGGACAAUGGACGGACAAGUUUAUACGCAUCCCGAUUGCCAAUACGACAGAUGAAGGAGCAGGGGGUGGAAAAGGAGGUUCUGGCGGAGACGGGUCAGGAACUGAAAUGGGAAGUGGAGGUGAAGAUCAAAGCGCAGGAGGCGGUGAGGUUGUAGGAGAUGGGGUAGGUGGGGGAGGUGGGAGCACCUCAAAUAACGUCGCCGCAAUUGGAGGAGGAGCAUCUGGAGGUAUGGUGGUCAUUGUCGCCAUUGCGAUUUUUGUUAUCCGGAGACGUCGGCAACAUAAGGAAAUGGAGACGUUUGAGAUGGCGCCAAAAAAUCCAGUAAUAUCGUCCAAGGACAACCCGAGUAACAAGCCCGAUGACUACACCAAAGGCAAGCCAAACCAGCAGCAGGAUCUGAAAACACGUAGCACCAACCCGCAGAACACAUCCAAGAUCAAACUGCAAGAAGUCCUCAAGAUCACAUCCAACAGUUACAAUAUCAACAAAGACAUGGAGGAUACACCACCAGGCGCCAAAGCAACCACCCACAGUUCAAUCCAACCGAGGCUCGGACCCUGCCUUCACCUGCUGCACGAGCUCCUCACGGUGUAA